AUGCCUUCACGUGGCAUAUCGCCGACUCCUUCGGAUGCCGAGGUCGACAUCCUUGGCUCUCUCUACCCCGGAGAUGAUGCUGACGACGCACAGAACGCCAUGUCGUUAGACGCUGACUUUGGCGACAUCAUCAACGCUCCUGGCCCCAACGCGGGGGACGAUGGUGACGCGGCCUUUAUUGCCCUGCAGCAGGCCGCAUCGUACCGAAAAUCUUCCAAUCUCAAGGGCAGGACGGUCAAAAAGGGUGGAGGUUUCCAGGCAAUGGGCCUCAAUGCCAACCUCCUCAAGGCCAUCACGAGAAAGGGGUUCUCCGUACCCACCCCGAUUCAGCGAAAAACGAUCCCCCUCGUACUAGAGAAGAAGGAUGUAGUCGGUAUGGCCAGGACCGGUUCUGGAAAGACGGCCGCCUUCGUGAUACCCAUGAUCGAACGCCUGCGCGCCCACAGCGGCCGCUUCGGCACCCGCGCCCUCAUCAUGUCGCCCUCGCGAGAGCUGGCCAUCCAGACCCUCAAGGUCGUCAAGGAGUUCGGCCGCGGCACCGACCUCAAGACUGUGCUGCUCGUGGGUGGUGACAGUCUCGAGGACCAGUUCGGCUUCAUGUCGAGCAACCCGGACAUUGUCAUCGCCACUCCCGGCCGUUUCUUGCAUCUCAAGGUCGAGAUGUCGCUUGACCUGUCAUCCAUGGAGUACGUCGUCUUCGACGAGGCCGACCGUCUCUUCGAGAUGGGUUUCGCCGCCCAGCUAGCCGAGAUCCUGCACGCACUGCCCCCCUCGAGGCAGACACUCCUCUUCUCGGCCACCCUGCCUGGCUCUCUCGUCGAGUUUGCCCGUGCCGGUCUCCAGGACCCGAGUCUGGUGCGUCUGGACGCCGAGACCAAGGUGUCCCCAGAUCUCGAGAGCGCCUUCUUCUCCGUCAAGGGUGCCGAGAAAGAGGGCUCCCUGCUUCACAUCCUGCAGGACGUCAUCAAGAUGCCCACUGGCUCCCCAGAAGACGAAGGUGAGAAGAAGGAUGACAAGCCGUCGAAAAAGAGGAAGCGAGCCCCAGAGGGCGCAGGCAGACCGACCAAGCAUUCGACCAUUGUCUUCACCGCCACCAAGCACCACGUCGAAUACCUCGCCAAUCUGCUGCGAGAAGCCGGCUACGCCGUCUCUCACGUCUACGGAUCCCUGGACCAGACAGCACGACGCAUCCAGGUCGAGGAGUUCAGGGCGGGAAAAACAAACAUCCUGGUGGUGACGGACGUGGCGGCCCGUGGUGUGGAUAUCCCCGUGCUGGCCAACGUCAUCAACUACGACUUCCCCACGCAGCCCAAGAUCUUUGUGCACCGCGUCGGUCGAACGGCCCGAGCCGGCCAGCGCGGCUGGGCCUACAGCCUUAUCCGGGACAUCGACGCGCCCUACCUGCUAGACCUGCAGCUGUUCCUAGGCAGGAGGCUAGCCAUCGGGCAGGAGGGCGAGCCCCCGUCAUUCACCACGGACGUGGUGGUGGGCGCACUGAAGAGGGACCCCGUGGAGGAGAGUGUGGAGUGGCUGAACAGGGUGCUCAAGGAUAACGAGGACCUGGACGCGCUGCGGACCGUGGCGGCCAAGGCCGAGAAGCUGUACAUGAAGACGCGCAACUCGGCGUCGACGCAGAGCGCUAAGCGCGCCAGAGAGAUUGUCAAGACCAACGGGUGGAACGAGCUGCACAGGCUGUUUGGUGACGACGUCGACGGUGACGAGCGCGCGCGCGCCUCCAUGCUGGCCAGGAUCAGCGGCUUCAAGCCCAACGAGACCAUCUUCGAGGUCGGCCACGGCGACAAGGGCAAGAGUGAGGCUGCCGAGAUGAUGAAGGAUCUGCGCAAGCGUAUCGUCCCCAAGAACAGGCAGCAGAAGCCGGCAUCGGCGGCCGACGAGGCCGACGGUUUCGACGAUGACGACUACAUGCCCGACGUGCCAGCCGCCAAGGUCAACCGCCACGAUCUCGAAGACUCCGAAGAAGACUCUGAGGACCAACAAGAAGGCGUAGUAGAGGAGGAGGAUGACGACGACGACGACGACGGUCUCGAGGUAACAGUCUCGAACCACAACCACUCGGCCAAGAAGAGCAAGGGCAAGAACGACUUCCGCGAUAGCGAGAUCUUCAUGUCGUACACACCCCGCACGACCAACGCGGCCGAAGAGCGCGGCUACGGCGUGCACUCCGGCGGCGCGGGCUCCAGCUUUGUCGAGGCCGCCCGCGACGUGGCAAUGGACCUGAACAACGACGAGUCCUCGCGCUCGUUUGGCGUGCCGACCCGGUCCCGCAUGCGCUGGGAUGCCAAGGGCCGUCGGUACGUGUCGCGCGACAACGACGAGGACGGCUCAAAGGGCGCGCGCAUGGUCACCGGAGAGUCUGGUGUCAAGAUCGCCGCCAGCUUCCAGUCCGGCCGCUUCGACAGGUGGAGGCGCGACAAGCGCGUAGGCCGCAUGCCCCGCGUCGGCGAGGCGGAGAAGUCCGGCCCCGGCUCGCAGAACCUGCAGUCCGGCCCCGGCACCGGCAUCGGCCCACGCUACAAGCACAAGCAGGAGAAGGCCCCCAAGGAGGCAGACAAGUACAGGGACGACUUCAAGGAACGCAAAAAGCGCGUCGACGAGGCGAGGGAGAAGCGCGUCGGUCGCUUUAGGGACGGCAUGGGCAGCAAGAAGGAGCUCAAGGGCAUAGACGACGUUCGCAAGGCCAGAAAGCAGCAGCAGCAGCGCAAGGAGAAGAAUGCCCGUCCGACCAAGAAGAGGAAGUGA